AUGUCGAGCUCACGUCCCGACACCCCUGCGCAGCGGCCAGGCACACCGGCCACAAGACCGGCAUCUCCUACCAAGGACACCACUUCGAACGGACAGCCACAGCCUUUCCAAUUAGACGUGGCUAAGCUACACAGCUUACCUUCGGAGCAGCAGGAUCUUUACCUUCUCAGCUUCUCCGCAGACCUCGCAAGCCAUGUCGAGUCCCUGGACUCAGACGGCGCGUCAGCAGAACAGACCGCGAUCAAGAAGGAGCUCUUCCAGAUCAUAAACCUCUCACAACCUGCCCCGACGCGGGUCAUACGAAGCAACGUAGGACGAUGCUUUACGGCGAUCUUCGGCAAGGGCAACAGGAAGCUGCUCUACGAGUCUAUCAACGACCUGGUAGCAAUCUUGAACGCUGGCAAAGAGAAGGAUGCACGGUCGAAACAUGCUGCGGCGUCUUCCCUUGGGGCAUUGUUGGAGGCGGCCGGGGACAGUGCAAUGAGUCUGUCGCCUCUGGCGUGCACUUCGGCGUUGAAGGCUCUGAAGGGCGCCUCGAACGAUACUGGGUUGCGCGCCGCGAUAUUUCGAACACUAGGAAAGAUCACCCUCGGUAUCAAGGUAGCGAUAGACGAGGAUGUCGGGCGGGCAAUCUGGAAGCAAGCGAGGAAGGCAGCCGAAGGGGACAGAUCGUUUCUGGUACAACAGAACGCCUGCUGGUGCUUGGAACAACUGGUGCGCUGCACACCGUAUUUCGACAACUCGAAUGACUUCGAGAAGCUCCAAGGCGUCCUUGUGAGAGCAAUGGAUACGUCAUGUGUCCCUGUACGGCAUGCAGCAGCGUCUUGUCUUGCGGCUCAAUUGGUGAAGAGCUUCUCUGGACUGGCCCAAAAGGAAGCUGUACCCACCAUACGCAAGCCCAAGAAGUCCAAGAAGCAGGUCAAGGCUGAGGACUUGGACGAUGAGAUCGAGCGUACCUCGUCUCCCGUACCAGAGAAACCUGCAACUGCACUAUCCUACAGCCUACUUGAAAUGCUGCGGAUCUUGUCAAACCACUACUGUCGACCGUCAAGCUCCAACAAGGUACGAGCUGGAAUUGCAGUAUGCUACAUCAAAGUCUUGAAGUCUUUGGGCGAAGGUGUGGUCGAAGACAACUAUGGAGACGUUGCACGACACCUCUUCACCGACGUGCUGAACUACGCUGGAUUCGCAUAUGGCAACAAAUACCGCAUUCUCAUGACUCGCAAGUUUGUGCGUGUCAUACUGGAGCGUAUCGUUGGACGCAUGCUCGGCGAAACGGCCCAGCUAAACGCUUGUCGAUUCUUGCUCAACAACAUAAUCAAGGACUACCCUCAGGCUGUCAAAGAGCGACCAGAACCGCAUAAGCAGGUCCUCUUGGGUGCGGUCAGUGCGCUGACGUCGCUGAUACAAGACCUGGGCGCAGCAACUGGUGCUCUCGCAGAUUCUUGCCGGGAAGGCCUGCUUCAAGUGCUUCAGCAUCCGAGCUUUACAGUUCAGCUACAUGCUGCUCGUGCUCUGCGAGCUUUUGUUCUGGCGUGUCCGCAGCACCUCCUGCCUUCUGCAACCAUUUGCAUGAACAGCGUAUCCCGCGAGAUAGCUCAACUGGGGAGUCCUCGCCAAAGCCCAAGAAGAUGUCUGGGCUAUGCGCAUGGCCUUGCAGCGAUUAUCAGCACUUCAAGCCAGCAUCCACUGUACGGUUCAGUGGAUGUCUAUGCGCGAGUCCUGCAACAAGCUACAGCACUGCUCAAAUCUGCCGGCAGCUCAGACCUCCGAGUGUCAAGUUGCCAGCUGCAGGUAGCCUGGAUCAUGAUCGGCGGCCUGAUGUCUCUAGGUCCCAACUUCGUGAAAAUACACUUGUCGCAGCUUAUGCUGCUCUGGAAGAACGCACUACCAAAGCCGAUCAGCAGAGAGAAUGUCAGCCAGAGGAACAUGCUUGAGCAAAGCUACUUGGCACACGUCCGCGAGUGCGCCCUGGGUGCCAUCAAAGCCUUUCUCACUUUCAACCAACGUCUUCUGACGACUGAUGUCUCGAAACGCUUGAGUGUGAUGCUGGAGAACACUGUGGCGUUCUUACAGAGCCUACCAGACAGGAAAACCAGCGACGAGCCCGCGAACCGCCUCUCAACUGCUCUUCAGUUACAAGACUACGAAGUCAUGGUGCGGCGGAGGGUCUUCCAAUGUUACUCUCAGCUUCUGAAGCUCAGCCCCGUCGGAAGCCUAGAGUCGACCGCGCAUUCAACGAUUCUGCCUCUAGCGGUCGCCUCGUUCUCCGAUGCCGAGUUUUACGCACCCAGCUCGCUCAGCGUUGCUAUUGCCAGUGCAUCGGCCUCAUUCGAGUCAAUCUGGGAUGUCGCGGACAACUUCGGCUUCGGCGUCACUGGCCUUGUACAAGGGUUGGAUGUGCGGAAUCCUGUCGACCGCCAUAUGCAGCGGCAUUGGAGUAGUCGGGAUGGGGAUCUUGACUUCCUGGACCAGGCUGUUUCCUCGCCCAUCAUGUCGGCUGUAGAAAACGAUGGCUCCUUUUGCUAUCUCGGCACCAUGUCUAACGACGAAGAGUACCCAGAUCCUCCUGGCACCGAGACAGUCAACGCUGCAAUAACCGUCUUUGCACUUUGCCUACCGUUGCAAGCGCCAAGAGUCCAAGAGAGCACCAUCGAGCAGGUUACAUCUUCUGUCAGUGCUAGCACAUUGCAAAAGGACCCGGCGCGUAAGGCAGCAAUUUCUGUCAACCUUGCAUUGGCUUUGAUGUCGGCUUGCAAGGUCGCAAACGGUGAAGCAGGAAGCGCAAAGGGAGAGCUGAGAAAUCAGAAGACAGAGAAAGGCCUUCAGCAUCUACUCCAUGUCUGCCUUAAAGACACAGAUGACAGCGUUCGACACAUGGCGGCCGAUGGUAUCGGUCGACUGUGUUCCAGCUCAGGUAACGCCUUCACCGCAGCUGAGGUUACCUACUUGACAGAGACAAUUGUCAAGAAUCGUGAGCCACAUGUCCGAGCGGGCUGCGCCUUAGCUCUGGCAGACAUACACUCGCAGCUUGGUGGCAUGGCAGCUGGCUUCCACAUGAAGUCCAUCGUUGGCAUUCUGAUGUCCCUUGCUGCCGACACUCAUCCACUCGUCCACACGUGGGCACUUGACAGCUUAGCUCAAGUCGCAGACUCAGCCGGUCUGAAUUUCUCCGGCUAUGUCACGAGUGCCAUCGGCAUGCUCAGCCAGCUGUACAUAUUCGACAGCCACGGCGUUGAAUGCGCUUCCAUGGCAUCGUCCAAUAUGUCAAUGGGUUUGCCUGUGGUUGCAGCCGUGGCCCGAGGUGUUGAUGCCAUCAUAAAUGUGCUUGGACCGGACUUACAGGACAUGACAAAGGUGCGAGACAUGAUCAUGAAUCUGGUGCACCUCUUCUCGAACGAGACAGAGAUCCCAAUCCUGCUCGAGAGCUUGCGCUGCCUCGAGCACCUGUCUCUGUACGCUCCUGGAUACCUCGAUUUUGCACCAUACGUCCGGCGUCUUCAGCAAGACAUUGAACAUAGCAAUGAAGAAAUCUCAUCUUCCGCCCUCCACGGACUGUUCACGAUCAUGAGGCGUGAUGCGCCGGAAGUCGUUCGAACCGCCCAGCCUGGGCUCGAAGAGCGUCUGUGGGACUACUUGAAUUCGAAUCCUGACCAGGUUCAUGCGCGACAUAUCUUCACCAAUUGGCUGCAGCAGACGGGACCGAGCGAUCCAGCCGGCUGGAUUCAACGCUGCAACACUAUCUUGACCAAGACCAAAGCGAAGGUGGAGCAGCCGAAAACAGCCCCAGUCAAAGACACAGCCGGCCCAGACCUGCAAGAUGAGGAGGUCGCUGGCUUUGCGGCUGCAGCAGGCGUCAACAAGGACGAAGAGACGGCUGCACCUUCGUCUACACAAGAGCUCAUGCGCUGGCAGGUGAGACUUUUCGCAAUGGACUGUCUACACAGCCUGAUUGGUAUGAUCAGCAAGGAGGCUUCUGUCAGCGUGGAAGAAAGUCCUGGUGAAGCGGCACUGCAAGACAAAGUAGCGGACGUCGUUCGCAUCGCGUUUUCUGCUUCGACCGCUGGAGUGACUUCCUUGCGAGUAGUUGGUCUCCGAAUUGUCGAUCAGAUCCUGCAGAUGUUUGGCCGAACACCUGACCCAGACUUCCCCGAGGCAAUGCUCCUGGAGCAGUAUCAAGCACAGAUCAGCUCCGCCCUCACUCCAGCAUUUGCCGGUGACUCGUCUCCUGAGCUGGCAGCAGAAGCCGUCAAUGUCUGUGCUACUUUCAUAGCAACAGGCAUCGUUACAGACAUUGAUCGAAUGGGCCGCAUCCUCAAGCUGCUGAUUUCCGCGCUGGAGAGCUUCUCCAAAGACUCAGAGACUGCUUCCAUUGGAGAUCUGAAAGGUCUCAGCUCUAAUGCGCAGGUGAUGGUUCGGAUGGCUGUAUUCUCUGCAUGGGCUGAACUGCAGAUUGCGAGUGGAGAGCAACAGUACCUGGUCAACGUUGUGAAACCGCAUAUCGCCCAGCUGGUACCGCUUUGGCUGAGCUCUUUGCGGGAGUACUCUCGCCUUCGGUUUGAGCCCGACAUCUCUGCAAGCACUGGCAACCCACCAUCAGGCGAUCUGGACGCCGUGUACGCCGCACUGAACAGACAGACCUUGCUGAAGUUUUAUCAAGACUCUUGGCUUAGCCUCGUCGACGCCAUCGCCAGCUUGAUCGACGAGGACAGCGACUUUGUAUUCGACGCAUUAGAUGGCAAACACGCGCAAGCCGACGAGCCCGAAGAAGCGCAGCCGAACGGUGUCAAUGGCAUAAUUCGCAAGAGCACUGGAAUCAACUACAGAGAAGAACCGGUAGCGUUCUUUUUCGUCCUCUUUGGUCUUGCUUUCGAAUCUUUGGCCGUCCGCUCUAACGACGACGAUCUCGUCACGUCGCAACGCAACCUCGACAUUCUACAGGCUCUCAAGAAGAUACUACGUCCUUCCGUGUCCGGCAACGCUGUUUACCAAGAAGUGGUCUUCGCGGAGACUAUGGACUUGCUCGAUCGCAUGGUCUUGACGGAGAGCUUGGGCGUACAGGCCAUCAUUGUGGAGCUUGCUCGAAACCUUUGCACGGUCCAUCCGUCCUCACGACAAGGAAUGCAGACGCCGAUCAAUGGAGAGACGCUUUCGGACGACAUCGAGCAGCUCUUCGAGCUCACGCGUAUCAUUGUCCUGGUGCUUGCUGGCCUAAUACCGGGUCUAUCUGACACGCCGACAUCCGCCAAGCUUGAGACCUCUGAAGAAGCUGUUGGCCUCGUUCGCAACGCGCUACAGGCUCUCGUAGACGUUUCGGAGGUCUUUCCAUCGAUCAUCAAAUCCGACCUGCACGCCACGAUUCUGCACAUCUUCGUCACGAUACUCGGCACUGGUGUCUGUCAAGCUGGAGUGGUGCCCCAAGCGCUGCCUGUCCUCAGGCGUUUCAUAGUCAGCAUUGCUCAUGACGACCGGACGGGAACCCGCCAUCAGCUUAGUAAUACGCUGUCACGGAUGAUGCUCAUAUUGAGGAACGCCCAGAAGAGGGAGACUGAGGCCAGCUUGCCCUGCGAAAAGAACACGUUGCUCGCAAUCACCGUCUUGCUAACAGCUGCACCAAACGAUCUUCCGGAGACCGAUCCGACGGUGCUUAGAUUCGCUGCCGAGCUAUGCGAAUGUCUGGAGAGCCCGAUGACAAGUCGUGUCGCCGCUGGCUGCAUCCGCACGCUGCUGCUGGCUAAUGUGACGGUGGAAACACUUUUGCCCCAAGCGAUCACGUUCAUCUCCACUCCAUCGAAUUUGGAAGGAAUGGACGACACCAAGACCAUCAUGGCGCAAACCCUCUCAAUGUACGCGGCGAAGUUGCCAGCCGAACGGAAACCCGCGGCUGUGGCGCUCUUAAUCCAGACACUGCUCGUGCGUGCUGUUACGGAUGGCUCCAAGAUCUAUCCGGAGACAGCGAGCCGCCUCCUUGAGUUGGCCACCACUGAUAAUGCGGCCUUCCGAGCUGUUGUUGGGUCUAUGGAUGGUGAUCGCCGUCGCGUACUGGAGCAGAUUCUCAAGUCCGGGAGUGUCGCAAGGAGAAACAACAGCGAUUAUGGGACGGAUCAUGAGCCGACGAUAGCGUUGAAGAUGAAUUUUGGAGCCUAA